AGGCCAUGUAGCUGAAGUGAAACCCCCAGCAGGAAAUUCAAAAGACUGCAAACUGAGCAUUAAAAAAUUGGAAGUGAAAGAAGCUGCAAAGGAGUAUCCUAUCUAUGUAUUUGAAAUGAAUGGAGAAUUUUCUGUGGGUGCAAAUAAGCCUGAAAUACAGAGAGAUAUCCCAAGAUCUUUUGUUAUUAGAGGAGAUAAACAAAAAAAUGACAUCGAUAACAACUUAAAUAAAGAAGAAAGUCAAGCAAGAAAUGUGACAGAGUAUACUAUUAAAGUGUACACAGGUGACAAAAGGGGAGCAGGGACUGAUGCCAAUGUGCAUAUUAUUUUAUUUGGGAAUGAGGACAAAUCUGAGGUAUUUCAACUCUCUCAGUCACUAGAGCAUCAAAACCCCUUUGAAAGAGGAAAGGUCGAUACAUUCAAGAUUAAGACAAAAAGAUUAGGCAGCCUGUAUUCAAUUGAAAUUGGUCACGAUGGGAAAGGAUUCGCAAGUGGCUGGUUUCUGGAAAAAGUGGAAAUCACAGAUGCAUCUAGAAAUUCAGUGUAUUGCUUCUACUGUAACAGGUGGCUUUCUGAAGAUGAAAGUGAUGGCCUCACCGCAGUGCAACUUUAUCCAUAGCAGCUUGAUUUCUGAUUCUUUCUGAGUGUGUUGCUUCUCCAAAUUCAUGCUGAUUUGAUUUGAUUGUACUUUAUAAUUCUGAAGGUAUUGUAAUUUUUGUGCAGAAAUGUCAAAACAAUGAGUUAAAAACAUCACAGUAAAUUAAAUGUGUCUAAUGUGAACACAGAAGUGUGAUCCUAUUAGAAAUGCUCGAAAACUUUGCAUGACUGAAAUUUCGAUAUCAGAAAUUUAAAUAUGUAACAUGGUUUGCGGACUUGAUCUGAGCAAUCAUAAUGGUAGACAUAUGUAGUAACAUACUCAAAUAUUUUUGUUCCAGCAAUAAUUUGUGGGUAAGUUAAGUUUAGCUCUUGUAUCAAAUCUGUCAGUAUUUACUAAUUUGAUGAAUCUUUAUCAAUUUCAACAUUUAUUAAAAUUUAGAUUUUCUUAAAUCAUUUUCCAAACAAAUUGCACAAUGUUUCAGCCUUACCAUGUAUCGCUGCUCUUUUCUAUAGGACCAUAACAGAGAGUAAUAAAGACCUUGUUAUUCAGGAGUUCACCCUGUGUUGGUAAGCCUCUCUCUGACAUUGACUGUAAAAUCUUGUAGCUGAGACAGAAACUCAGCUGUGAAUCUUUAGAUCCAAAGUGUCUUAAGAGAGGCUGUUAUCAGGAACACUGCAAUAGCUUACUGGGAGGCUUAGGCAUCUCCCUGCUCAGCACAAUGACUUUUGCAGUGCCUGUCCUUAGCUAUCUAACUGGCUUUCCGGUGCAAUAUGCGUGAAUGCCUUCCCUUCAAAGAAAAAAAAAAGAAAGAAAUCGAACAAUUAUUUUUGCAAAUGCACAAUAAAUAGUAAUAUAUUUAGCUACAGAUGCACAAAUUAAUGUUUGUUUUGGUAGGCUUUGAUAUUGUCAGAAUUGACUCAGGAAGAGUUUAGGAUCUAGGCAAGUCUGAACUGAAAUCAUGACUUGCACAUCGCCAGAAGUUUCAUGUGUGUGAUCAAAAUACAAAUAUUGUAUAUAAGCUACAUAGGUCAUCCCUCCAUUUAUCAAAGGCUUCACCUUUUGUACAUCCAAAACCUAAAAUCUUUAUGAAGAUUUGAAAUUUAGACCUGUUUCACCCUCAAGAUGCCAUCAUGUUCUGUAUCAGCUAUGUGCUUUCUAUAAUCACAAGAAUUAAAUGAGUUUCUAA